AUGUUUUCCUCAACAAAUUUCUUAUUUCUCCUGUCGUUAGGCUUUAUAUCGUGGAUCAUUCUGUGCUAUUUCAAGCAAAUUGAAUAUCAUUUUAUGCAGAAGACAGUUGAAGCUGGUGAUGGUACAGAAAGUCUCCUUGGGUCUAGCGAUGAUGUAUUGGCUGUCUCCCCUUCGCUUACGUGUCAUGAGAAUUACGAGACCUAUGUUAGUUUCUUGUGUAUCUUUGUAUGCAUUUACGUUUUGGCUAAAGUUACGGUUAUAACUGAACGUUAUAUAGCCAAAAAUAUGCGUACAACGUACCGCAUGCCCGAUAUUGAGGAAUAUGAGUUGGAGUUCUUAGAUAUGGAAAACGUUGAGGAUUUACGUGAACAGCAAGAAACUCUCCUUGCUAAAGUCGAUGCGUUGGAAAAACAGAAUCUUGAGCUUAAGAAUUUACUUAAAAGCGAAACUGAAUCAAACCAAACGGGCAAUAAAGCAUCUGAAGAAAAUAGUCUAGGACUGCAGAAUAUUUAUAUAUCGAAUCGUCAUUUCCAUGUAAAUCGUCAUGUAUUUGUGAAAAAGAAAAACGUUACAAUGAAGUUUGACAAGUUUGCCGAAAAGGGAGACAGUGUAAACAUUUGGGAGAAAUAUUUGGAUAUGCAGCAAACGUUGUCUGCAAAGAAAAUAAGCUUGACGCAAACAAACUUAAAUCAUUUGGCUGCCCAAGGGCCCGUUAUUAUAUCCACCGAAGAUUUGGAAAAAAUUCAAGGUUGGUUUUAA